UCAUACUAUUUCCGGGCGUGAGUGCGUGACUGCAUAGUAAAUCAUUUUUUUUCCAUUUGCCUUCCAUUAUCAUCAUUAUCCAUUGCUAUGAUUGUGUGGAAUGAUCGUGCGAUUCACAUGUCAUUGGAUGAUACGAAAGAAAUAAUAGUCACCCCUUGAAAAUUCAUCGAAACAUCAAACAGUCCAAUAAUGCUUUUCAUUUCGGCUUUCCCGCCAUUUUAAAAUGAUCCUGAGAUGCUCGAUUUUCCCGCCAAUAUCGAGCAGUCUAUGCACACGUAUCGGAAUGUUUUUUUGAGUUUAGAAAGAUUUUGAAAAUAAUUGAACAUGUGAGGAGAUCUCAAUCAUUUUACCGUGCAAUAAGUGGACGAUAUUCUAGUCACAGUUAAGUGUUAAAGUAGAUGAUUACCGAAUAAUCGACUGAUGUUAUUUAUUAAUCAAGGACCCGUAAUCUAAUUGUCACGUGGCAAAUGGAGAGGUAAUAGGCUGAUUGUUAACUAAACGUCAAGUAUCCCUGAAGCAGUGAUUUGUUUUUCGGCUGUUGGAAACACUCGGAAUUCUUUCGUAUUUGAGUCAUCGAGAUUCCGCGAGUGUAAACAAAACAUUGAAUAGUGGUAACAUUGUUGGUGGUAUUUCAAGUGUUUACAUUGAGAACUCGGAGGUAUAAAUCGACUCACUACAUCGAAAUAAACCAAAUCGAACAAAAAUGUGAGACGUCCUGAGACAUCGAAACCAUUAAAAUCAUCAUCAAAAUCAUUGAAAUCAUUGAAAUCAUUGAAAUCCUUGAAGUGAAAUAAAGAGUGAAGUGACGAUUUUAUUAAAAUCACUGAAAAAAAAAGAAAAACUCUCAAGUGCUGGUUCGCGAUUUGAUCCCAUGAUGAUUUUCGAUGAUCGAGUGAGUGAAUAGUGAGUUUUUCAGUUGAAGUUUGUGUGAAAUUUUUGGUAGAUCGGAAAAUUAAACUUUGCGAUAAGGAUAGGGGGUGGGGGAGGGAAAGGGAUAACAGUGAGGUUUUGAGGAGAUGUAUCCCUGGUACAGGGAGAGCGUCGCGGCGGCAGCGGCUGCAGGACUCGGUGGCCCCGUUGGUGUCGUUGGCACUGGAUUCUGUUCUGGAGCACCUGGACAAGGAGCAACUACUAUUAAAACUGAGAGCGGCUACUCCGACUGCAUGUUGGCGCUAGAUUACGUCCAGAGCAAGUAUCCGUCGAAUUUGUAUUUUCAGAAGGCAUCUUUUGCCUGGUCAGAGGGUGGAGAGGAGGCUGGAGCCGGUGGAAAUGGUACCGGUGGGACUGGAGCGGCGGUCACCGGUUCAUCCACCCCAGCGAGCGGUGGCGGUGGAUUGGCACACUGGGUCAGUGUCAUGGCUGAACACAUACACAAUCCCCACUCAGCUGGAAAUGUCGGUGGGGUUCAUCAUCAACAGCAGUCACCACCUCAACCCCCCUAUCCCUGGAAUAACGGCCUCUCCAGUGAUCAGUGCAAUCCACAUGAAAAGGAUGCAGAUUACUGGGGCGCAGGACGAGGCACCAAACAGGGAUACGAACAUUUCCUGUUGCAGGCUAAGAUGAAUGCCGAUCACGGACAAAUCCAGAAAGGUGACGAACAAUAUCGCGGCACAGGGGGUGGUAGUAGCAGCGGUAGUCCACCAGCUAGUCUACUAGUUGUACCCCAGCCAUUAACAGUGAAACCUUCACAUCCGUCGCACCUAAAUCCCCAUCUGGGGGGCCCACACUCACAUCCACCGAGAAAAUAUCAAUGCAAGAUGUGCCCACAAAUAUUCGGGAGUAAAGCGGAUCUCCAAUUACACACUCAAAUACACAUGAGGGAGGCAAAACCCUACAAGUGUACGCAAUGCUCAAAAGCAUUUGCAAAUUCAUCGUAUCUAUCACAACACACACGUAUACAUCUUGGUAUAAAACCAUACCGCUGUGAAAUAUGUCAACGUAAAUUUACCCAGUUAAGUCAUCUACAGCAGCACAUACGUACACACACUGGUGAUAAACCAUACAAAUGCCGUCAUCCUGGCUGUACUAAGGCAUUCAGUCAACUGAGUAACCUGCAGAGUCACUCACGCUGCCAUCAGACUGAUAAACCAUACAAGUGCAAUUCGUGUUACAAGUGUUUCUCAGAUGAGCCAAGUUUACUUGAACACAUACCAAAGCACAAAGAGUCGAAACAUUUGAAAACCCACAUAUGCCAGUACUGUGGCAAAAGUUACACCCAGGAAACAUAUCUGGCCAAGCACAUGCAGAAACAUGCUGAGAGAACGGACAAGAGACCACCGAUUAUUGGCACUGGUUUGAGGCCAUCGAUUCACGCUAUGUCAGCCCAUCAUCAGGAUCCACAUCAUUAUUGGCCGAAAGUCAGUCCAGAUUCGGUUAUUAGUGAAUUACAUGAUAGAUUACCACAUCAUCAUGCUGCUGCAGCGGCUGCUGCUGAUUAUCAUCAGAAUCAGAACAAUGAUAUGUUGUUACCAUCGCAUGGGGGUCACAGGGGUGAAGCCAAUAUCGAGAAUGACUCGAGGCAACAGACACCACAACCACCUGGUAAUCAUCAUCCAAACAGUAGUUCAGCUUUUACUCCAAUUUCAUCGAUAUCGAUAAAUUCCAUAUCAUCGAUGCAGCAUCCGUUGAAUCCACUUAAUCAUCUACAUUAUCCUGGUAGUCAUCAUCCAGCGUCGAGACCCUAUCUUUAUGAAGCUUUCAACUCGCAAAAGUCAUCACCAACUUCUAGCUCCGGUGUUACCUCUGGGACAACGACCAAUCAAAAUACAGCAUCAUUUCCUAAUCAAUUGAUCAGCUUACAUCAGAUCAGAAAUUACGCUCAUCAACCUAAUCUUGGGAAUCUUGGUAAUCUUGGAAAUUUGAGUAAUCUCAGUAAUCUUGGUAAUUUGAGCGCUUCUAUGGAGGGGCAUACGUUGUUAGGUGGACUCAAAGAUAAGCAGUGAAUAGGGAGAUGAAAGGGAGAAAAAUAAUUAACAAGUUUGAUCAAUUAUUUUAUUUUUUCUCCAACCCUUUGUACUCUUUAUUUUUCUGCUAUGGUUAAUUUAAUUUCUCAUUAGGGAGGCGAAAGAGGCGAAAGAGGGAGAAAUGUGAAGGAAGAAUCUGGCUCUGAAACUUGUUUGAAAAUUGAGGUGAAAAAAAAAGUUGAAAUAUUUUUUUUUAUGAAGAAAAAAUGUUUGAUAUGCCUCGAAGGCCUUUUUCUUACUCACCGCUUGAACUUUUCAGGGAAAAGUCAAGUGCAGGGGUAGGGGGGAGAAAAAGUUUUUUUUUUUUUCAGUUAAUUUUCUUGUCUUUUGUUUGAUCAACAAAUUAAAAUCGAGUUACUGAGCCCGAUUGGUCUCCUUGGAUGGAUAAUAUAAUUAAAUGAAAUAACUGAUGUACUUAUUCGCGAUUUCUGCAGAGUCGGGGCCGUUUUUAUUUUUCAUUUAUCUGUAGGGAAAAUUUUUCUGUUAUGUUUAAGGAGUUUUCAAUCUGUGAUUAAGUGGAAUAAUGAGGGGGAAAAAUUUUUCAGUUUUUUUUCUAAUUUACAGAAAAUUUUAUUUUGGGCUUUUGUUUAUUUCACUCAAUUGCAGAGAAAGAUGGGAAAAAUUGAAUGAAAAAUACACAAAUUUAAGCACACACCACGAGGGCACAAAUCGCGAGAAUGUUUUGUUAGAUGCGAAAGAGAGAGAGAGAGAGAGAUAGAGAGAAUGACAGAGUAAAUAUUUGGGGAGAGAAAGAAUAGAGUAGGUUAUGAUGGUGCCACGAAAAAGGGACAAAUUGGGAAUGAAAAGAA